CAAUGGAAGAACAACAGAACAAAACAGAUAAAGAUUAGAUUACAAGAUUAUGUAAAAGAUAAUGAAGAAAAUAAAUAAAUAAAAAAAGCACCCAAUUGUUUACUUUGUUGAAAAAUCAAUAGCAUUUUCAGCUAUGGCAUUAGCUACUACUUGUUCUUCACUUCCCCUGUUUCAUCUUCAUCUUCAAUCAUCUUCCCCUGUUCUCUUCUUCCCUUCUUCUUCUCGUUUCAACUCAAAGAAAAGAUUCCACGCUCGAAGCACCACUCGCUUUACUCGCGUUCUUGCUGUUUCGAACACUGCUUUAGAUUCCAACAAUGGGGCAGCAGCAGCCAUUGGUUCUGAAUCUGAAGACCCUUCUUCUUCUUAUGGAAGACGAUACUUCCCUUUAGCUGCUGUUGUUGGCCAGGAUGCUAUUAAAACUGCACUUUUACUUGGUGCUAUUGAUCGUGAAAUUGGUGGGAUUGCUAUUUCUGGUAGACGUGGGACAGCUAAGACUGUAAUGGCUCGUGGAUUGCAUGCUGUUUUGCCUCCUAUUGAUGUUGUUGUUGGUUCAAUGGCUAACGCUGACCCUACUUGCCCUGAAGAGUGGGAAGAUGGUUUAGCUCAGCGAGCGGAAUACGAUUCCAACGGCAAUGUUAAGACACAAGUUGUUCGGUCUCCUUUUGUUCAGAUACCACUUGGAGUCACGGAGGAUAGACUCAUUGGAUCUGUUGAUGUCGAGGAGUCUGUGAAAACAGGAACGACCGUUUUUCAACCUGGCCUUUUAGCUGAAGCACAUAGAGGUGUAUUAUAUGUUGAUGAAAUUAAUCUCCUAGAUGAGGGUAUUAGCAAUUUGCUUCUUAAUGUAUUGACCGAAGGAGUUAAUAUUGUUGAAAGAGAAGGAAUAAGCUUCAAGCACCCUUGUAAACCGCUCUUAAUUGCCACUUAUAAUCCAGAAGAAGGUGCUGUACGAGAACAUUUAUUAGAUCGAAUUGCCAUUAACUUGAGUGCAGAUCUUCCAAUGAACUUUGAAGAUCGUGUUGCGGCAGUUGGGAUCGCAACACAAUUUCAAGAAGCUAGCAAUAAAGUUUUUAAAAUGGUUGAGGAAGAAACCGAGUAUGCAAAGACUCAGAUCAUUUUAGCAAGAGAGUAUCUGAAGGACGUUACGAUUGGCCGGGAACAAUUAAAAUACCUGGUUAUGGAAGCCCUUCGAGGUGGUUGCCAGGGACACAGAGCCGAGCUAUAUGCUGCUCGGGUUGCAAAAUGCUUGGCUGCUUUGGAAGGACGAGAAAGAGUUGGUGUAGAUGACCUGAAAAAAGCUGUGGAGCUUGUUAUACUCCCUCGUUCGAUUGUCAAUGAGAAUCCACCAGACCAACAAAACCAGCAGCCGCCACCUCCACCUCCACCUCCACAAAAUGAAGAUUCCGGGGAGGAGCAAAAUGAGGAGGAAGAACAAGAGGAUGAAAGUGAUCAGGAAAACGAACAGCAGGAGCAAUUACCUGAAGAGUUUAUCUUUGAUGCGGAAGGGGGUUUGGUCGAUGAGAAACUACUUUUCUUUGCUCAACAAGCACAAAGGCGACGGGGGAAAGCUGGAAGAGCCAAGAAUGUUAUAUUCUCUGAGGAUAGAGGUCGAUAUAUUAAACCAAUGCUCCCAAAGGGCCCUGUGAAAAGACUAGCUGUUGAUGCAACACUUAGAGCUGCGGCACCAUAUCAAAAGUUGCGUCGGGAGAGAGAUAUUCAGAAAAGUAGGAAAGUUUUUGUGGAGAAAACUGAUAUGAGGGCUAAAAGAAUGGCAAGAAAAGCCGGAGCAUUGGUAAUAUUUGUGGUUGAUGCAAGUGGGAGCAUGGCAUUGAACCGAAUGCAAAACGCUAAAGGAGCUGCACUUAAGUUACUGGCUGAGAGUUAUACAAGUAGAGAUCAGGUCUCCAUUAUACCUUUCCGUGGAGAUGCUGCGGAAGUCCUGUUACCUCCUUCUAGAUCGAUUGCAAUGGCUCGAAAACGUCUUGAGAGACUUCCAUGUGGUGGUGGCUCUCCCCUAGCUCAUGGUUUAAGCAUGGCAGUCAGGGUUGGACUAAAUGCAGAGAAAAGCGGUGAUGUAGGACGUGUAAUGAUCGUUGCAAUAACCGAUGGAAGAGCCAACAUAUCACUAAAACGAUCUACUGAUCCUGAAGCUGCUGCUUCUGAUGCCCCUAGACCCUCAGCACAAGAGUUGAAGGAUGAGAUUCUUGAAGUGUCCGGGAAAAUAUACAAAGCAGGGAUGUCCCUUCUUGUUAUUGACACCGAAAACAAGUUCGUUUCAACCGGUUUUGCUAAGGAAAUCGCUCGAGUAGCUCAAGGGAAGUAUUAUUACUUGCCAAAUGCUUCAGAUGCUGUCAUCUCAGCUACGACAAAGGAAGCGUUAUCGGCUUUGAAAAGUUCGUAAUUUUGAAGCAAGCAUUAUUGGCUUUCACCGACUCCAUAACGCAUAUGAAUCAUGUCUGCAAUUUUUUGUGUUUCUCUAACAUAAAACACAGUUUCGAGUAUAUGUAAAAUGAAACCAAAAUAUAUUUCAUAUUCGAUAUUCAUGUCUGGGACAUAUUUAAAUACGAUAAAAUGAAACAAAAUAUUAAAUAGUAACAAGAAAUCUUUGGUUAAAUUAA